CAGUCAUCAAUCAAACGUCGUGCCGUUCGGUCCUGUCGAUACGCUCACACAGUAUUCUGGCCGCGGUGCGUUUCGGCGUGCAUUCCGGUCGGCGGCGACGGCGUCUGAUAUUUGCGAACGGUUGACGAUAAAUAAAAUAUAACGGCGGACCCGUGCGUCAGCUCGUCGUCGUGAUAAUAAUAAAAUAUUGUAAUAUAGUAUCGCGUCGCGGAACCCGGUGUGGUGUAAGUGCAAAGUUCGCGUUUCCGGUAGCACCAUCGAAGCCGACGAGCACCGCCCGUCAUCAUCGUUUUAAGACUUUCGUCUCGCCAGCGUAGUUCUUUGGCGACGCCGGGGGACCGCCGACGGACCGUGGUCGCGCGAUUUUCGGCGUUCCACGCCCGCUCACCGUGCGUAGGUGCGAUGCGUGCGGACCGACGUAUUACAUUUUAAUAACACGAUUUUUGUUCGGUAUUCUAAUAAAAUAUUAUCGACGGACCACAUCGAUCUCUAUUCUGUCUGAUCCGACGUCGCACCUGCAGCUGGCCGCUACACUAUGGCCUGGCUGACAGACCUUCGCUGCAGUACAUCCGGAGAUUGCACGAUACUACCGAGUGUGGUAUCAUAACAGACGUGCGGCCGCAGGUAUAUACACGAUCAUCAUGACGGAGCGCCGUCAUCGCCAUUGAGGCCCAUCGUCGUCACCGCCGCUGUAGCAGUGUCGUGUCCCACACACCCCGACGGUCGCGCCGACCGCCGAAGAAUCGCAUGACCGCCGCUGCAGUCGUCGUCGUCGUUGGCUGAACGGUACACGACUGGGUUCGGCGAGCGAUGACCACGACAGCAAACCACCGGGCCGCCGCAGGAGGUAACAUGGCUCCCGAACCAGAGGAAGACAUAGCGGCCAUCGCCAAACAGAUAUCGGACCACGCGGAGGCGAUAUACCAGACGUGGAAGGCCCGGGGCCUGGCACCCAACGAGAUACUGACGUGCCACCGUGACUCGUCGGCAGCAGCCGACAAGUUCGGCUCGGCGCUGACGCCGCAACCCAAACUGCCGGUAGACGUGACGGCCCCGGCCCACCAUAACCGUGGCACGCAGCUGAUGGCCGACCCAAACAGCACCAACAACCUGGAACGGCUAGUGAACAAGUUCGUGGUGGAGGACAAGGCCCGGCUGCAGGCGGCCCGGCAGUCGCGUUCGCUGUCGCCCAAGCCGUUCGCAUCGUCCAUUCAGUACGCGCUGCAAAAGUUUGAACAAAAGGCUUCCUCGUCCACCGGCCCCGUCCCUGAGCACCUGCAGCCACAGCAACAGCAACUGCAGCAGCAGCAAGCCGCCGCUAGCAAGCAAAACGUCGGCGGAGGUGGUGCCGCCAAGAGGUAUUGCAGCAAGCCAUCGCCGAUGCGGAACUAUGUGGCGUCGCCGGACGCAGACGACAAUAAGGGUGUGGACGGGCCUGCGUGGCCGUUUCGGAACGGUGGCAAAUCGGCAGCGGUCCAGUCGCAGCAGAACACCUGUGACUUUAUGGACGAGGUGGCCAAAGAGGAACAGCGGUUGAUCGACGCGCUGAAGAACGGGUCGGUGGUCGAGAACAGGAAGCCCGAAAAGCCGGCCGUGCCCAGCAAAGAGGGCGUCCUGUUGCGAUCGGCCGCCGGAGGUUACGAUGCGGCGGCGACCGGCCACCGUUCCAAGCCGGAGUUCCUCAUCGGGCUUUCCGCGCUCAGUUCGGCCCGGCGGAACCAGCACGCGCACCGGCAACAGGAACAGGUGCCGCAUCCCGAGCUCACCGACCACCAGCGAGCCAACAUCCGAUCCAAUCACCACCAGUCCAACCCGGUUCGGCCGUUUUUAACGCGUGGUUCAGUCGCCGAGCGUGUGCUCAUAUUCGAAAAAUGUCCUACCGAACUGAUGAAGAACUCUGCCGUCUGCAAUUCUUCAUCGGCUCAGUCGUCGUGGAAGAACAUCGGCUCGGAUGUGCACAGCAAAAUCCAAAACUAUUCGAAGGAAACAAAUCAGAAACCUGGAGCGCCUCCACCGCACACUACGUUACAAAGACAUACAAAGGCCAAUCGUAACGUAUUCAUUCCUAGAUUCUACUAUCCAUUCGGCAAGCCCGAGAGUCAACAGCAGUGGGAUACGAUCGUCAAAACAAUUACAGAUUUUUUCAUGUCGUUGCCGAAUUCGCAAGCUUCGAAACAUCACUUCGGUCAAAUCGCAAAGUUGUGUAACUGUCCGCUUUAUUGGAAGCACCCGCUGUUCUUUGCCUGUGGCGGGGACUUGUCAAGUACCAUAGACGUAAAUACCUUCCUUAAUUAUUGGAAAGACGUGUGGUCUUCUUGUCACGACUUGCCAUCGAUAUUCAUACGCAUAUUGGCAAGAAACUCAAAAAAACAAACAUUAUCACCGGAAAACUUCAUCUUAUUAGUCCAAGAUGUGGUCGAUUCACAUCCCGGUUUAACAUUCCUGAAAACUGCGCCAGAGUUCCAUUCUAGAUAUGUGCACACGGUAAUAUCAAGGAUAUUUUAUAGUGUUAACACAUCAUGGAGCGGUGAUCUUAGUCUAGCAGAAAUCAGACGAUCAGAUCUAAUGCGAGUCAUUGACCUAUUAGAAAAAGAAGAAGACAUUAACCAAGUGACUGCUUACUUCAGUUAUGAACAUUUCUAUGUCAUAUACUGUAAGUUCUGGGAGUUGGACCGUGACCAUGAUUUAUUUAUUAGCAAAACUGAUUUAGCCCGACAUAGCGAUCAUGCUUUGUCCACAAGAAUAAUUGACAGAAUAUUUUCUGGGACUGUUACUAAGAGAAAGCAAAAGAAUUCUAAUAAUAAUUAUAUGGAAGAAAAAAUGAGUUACACUGAAUUUGUUUGGUUCUUAAUGGCCGAAGAAGACAAACGACAUCCUAGAGCAGUUGAAUAUUGGUUUAGAUGCAUGGAUAUUGACGGUGAUGGUUAUUUGUCAAUGUACGAGCUUGAAUAUUUCUAUGACGAGCAAUUGCAAAGAAUGGAAAGCAUAGGAAUUGAAUGUCUACCAUUUGAGGAUUGUUUGUGCCAGAUGCUUGACAUGGUUAAACCUAAGUGUACUGGCAAAAUAUCAUUGGCUGAUCUCAAAACAUGUAAAAUGACUCCGAUAUUUUUUGAUACAUUCUUUAACCUUGAAAAAUAUCUGGAUCAUGAACAACGUGAUCCAUUUGCUUCACAGAGGGAUAAUGAAAAUGAACAUAACGAAAAUGGGAAUAAAUAUUAUAAGGCAUCAGACUGGGAUAAAUAUGCUGCUGAAGAAUAUGAAAUGUUAGUAGCUGAAGAAGGUGGAAAUGAUGCACCAGAAGAAAUAAAUGGAACUGAUAUUGAAGAUAUCCUGUCACCCAAUUUGGAUGAUGUAUUAAAAUCAUGUACGUUUAAUAAAAUAUCCAAUCAGCCUAGAGUUUUGGUCACCGAUUUCUCUUCACCGUCUACUAUGUAUGAUGAUAAUGAUUCGUCUGACUAUGCUGGUGAUAGCGAUGAUGAUAUUUAAUUUAUAUACACAAUAAUAAUACAUAAUAAUAAGUUAUAAAUAAUAAUAAAAAUAAUAAUAAUAAUAAUUGUAGUAAUAUUAUAGUAACACAACCACAUUAUUUCUUUGUGACAAUGGGAAUUGCUGACAUUAUUAUACCAAAGAAUAUAGUUGCUCAUAUUGUCCUCUUGUUCCCAUGUUUUUCUUCUGUUGUUUACUUAAACUUUUAAAUUCAUAAUUUUUGGCAAAAUGUUACAUAACAUUAAUUUAUGUGCGUGUUUUUGUUAAUAGGCUAUAGCCUAAAUAUGGUAAUUAUUAUUUUGUUUUAUUUAUGAAAGAUUAAUCGUUGUUGUUUUCAAAAAUGUAUAAAACAUUAUAAAAGGUGUCUAAAAUUGCGCCAUGUACCAGAUUUUAUAUUUGUCAUUAUUAUAUUUUUUUUGUAUGAAAUUUAUAAAUUGUAAAUAAUUAAUUCAAUUUUUAACUAGUUAAAUUAAUUUUAAAUACAAGUAGUUUAUUUAUAAUAAUGUAAAAUAUGAUUAAAAAGAAAAAACCAAAAUAUCUGUUAAUAUGUUAUACGAAUCUUAUUGAAAUAGUUUUAAGAGUUGUGUCCGUUCUGUUAUAAAAAAACCAAAUUAUUAACAUAGUCUAGUCGAAAAUAGAUCGUUAUUAUAGUAUGUACUAAUAAUAAUGACAUUAUUUAUUAAUUACAUAUUUUUAAAAACAAAAUCGUAUGAAAUAUUAAAAUCUAAUUUUCUCUUUCCUUUAUUAUGUGUUUUACUAUGACAAUUAAAAACCUAAUCUAUCAUACUUGUAUGUACUUAUAUAAUAUUUUAAUCUAAUAUUUAAUUAGGUAUGCUGUAUAUUAAAUGUAUAGUGUUUCAACGCAACUCAUCUUAAGUGAUAUUUAUUCAUAUUUUUAAUCUUCUAAUCAAUUACCAUUGAUUUUUUUCAAUGGUUAAAAAAAUCCUGAUCGUAGAAUCUUUGAAUUAUCCUCGAUGAUCUUCAAAUAGAUUUACACCUUAUUAUAAUUAUACAUUUAUACAUGUUUAAGUAUGUGUAAAGUACAACUACAGCAUUAUUCAACAAUAUUCUUACCUAAUUAAAAAUAUAAAUUAAUCUAUAAUAAUUCCUAUAAUUUUUUUAUAUUUAGAAUUAUCGUUUGACAGUUUAUGUGAUUUGUUUUUUGACAUUUACUCAGUAGUAGCACAAAUGCACUGUAGUUAAUGCUUACCCAUGUAUGUUACACAAUUACUUAAAGUAGUCUUCUUCAGAUAGUAUAUGACCUAAUAUUAAAAAUCAAACAUAUUUUUAUGUUUUGUAAAAUUAUGUAAGCAAUUGUAUGAUUGUUCAUCUGUUUAUAGUGAUAAAUAAAAAUUAACAAAAUUAUAUAUUUAAGCGUUUCAACCCUGUUUUUCAUGAAUUUUCUUUAAUUUGGAAUAUAUGAUUACCAAAGCAUGCACAUUUCUAAAUUAUACUUAUGUAUAUAACUUUGAACGUAACAUAAUUAUAUAUAGAUAUAACAAUAAUUGAAGUCAUAAAUAAUUAUAUACAAUAUUGUUAUAUCAUUGAAUUUAAGUUUAACAUAUAAAUUACAGUAACCCACUCUAGACCUACAGUAGAAUGGCACCCACUUUCCCAACUGAAUUAUUAUGUAUACCAUCUUAUGUUAUAUGUAGUUGGAUCGGUAAACAGCCAGAAUUCGGAUAAUUACUGCUAGAUGCUAGUAGUAUCUAUAUACUGAUAUUCGUACUUUUAUCGUAACAUACAUAGUGUACAUCGAUCUAACUAAAAUUUAGUUACUAAACUAUUGUACAUUUUUAAAUUUUUGAGCUAAGAUUAUUGAGGUAGUAAUUUUAACUUUUAAGUACCUAAGUAUUAUAUGCCCUUUAUAAACACUAGUGUAAUAUUCAUUGACCAUUGUGUGUAAAAUAAAACUAUGAUAAGAGACUGUAA